UUUCACUUCCGCGUAACGUCAGAUUCGGAAGCGCGUGCCCGCCUCCGCUUCGAUUUCACUCUCGAUCAUAUUGCUUUGUACUUAACAGUAGGCUACGUUUUGUCGCUUGCAGAGCCAGUCGGAGCAGUACUUUCAGACCAGGGAGUGGCACGUUUGGGAACGAGGGGAUUGUGGACGAGAGAAACUCCAAUAGUCUACACACCGCUUCUUCAUUAAAGGUCUACCUGAUGGCUAACAGUGGCUGCUCCCGUGUUACAUUUUUUCAAACAUUGCAGAAUGCCUUCUACUUUCAAGUGGGAACAGAAACAGAUGUGGAUGAAGACACUUUUAGAUGUUCCCCAACUGUCAGCACGGAUUAUUUGGUCCGAAGCAUGGACAGCAAAUAUCUGCUUUUAAAUGCUGGUCAAUUUCAAGUACAAAACUUAAACGACGAUCAGCUACGUCACCUUGACUGCAAAUUCAAAAUCCAGACUUACAAUGAAAGCUCAGGGGAAAACGGUAGAGGCAAGCCAGCCAUACUGUAUGUGAAAACAGAUAACAAGAACAUAGUGGUAUGCUGCAGUGAGACACAGAAGCAUGCCAUUUAUCCUGAGGAAAUGAGUGAUCUUCCAAAACAUAUUGGGAAUCCCACACACAAGGCCUUGUUCUACAUGAAAGAAUGCACAGCAUCACACAUCUUUAUGUUUGAGUCCUCUGAGCACAAGUCUGAGUUCCUGGGAUUUGAACCCUCUGACGACCCCUCUCUGAAAAAACUGGUCUUACAUCGUAAAGUGGAUGAAGUGGAUGAGUCUUGUAGGAUGUGUUUAGUGGUAGCUGAUUGUGAUUCAAGAAUGUCAUAACAAAAAUCACCCUGUUUGUCUCAUUAAUGAUGCAUUGCUAUAUGGACAACCUGCAGUUUUUUUUAUUUAAAAACAAGACUUGUACAGUACCACUGAUUUUUCUCAAAUGGGGGUAUUUGUACACGUAGGGCUACUUUGGAGUACUGCAGGUGCAACAAGUUUUUUUUUUUUUUAAAUGUUAAUUUAAGAAAUACCAUUCAUGCAUAAUUAGUAAAACAAAAAUGUAUUGUGCUUCUUUAUAUAGCUAGCCAUUGUUUUUUUUCCACCCAAAAUGUUUAUGCCGGCAAGAGAGAACAUUAUUCAAUAGUUGUAUCACACAUUUAUAUGCACAAAAGUGCAGAUUACUUUUUAUAUACAGCAUAUAAGCAUGUUUUUAUAUUGUAUAUGUUAUAUACCUUUUGUACUCUUGAAAUUGUAUAUAUUGUGUAUAUUGUUAAGUCAUAAAAUGUCAAAAUAUGAAAACAUCUGUAGAGCCAACUUUAUUCUGCCGAGGCAGUUACAGUGCAUUUUUCUUGCCACAUCUAAUCUUGUGCGUAUAAUCUGAAAAGACAUUAAUUGAACAGAAAUUACAAAUUGACAGACCAACACCAACUUGUAAGCUCUCAAACAUUUACUGCAUGAGCAUUGUGACAACAGAUUGAAUCCAGAACUCAGAUUUUACAGCGAUUAAAUCAACCUGUAAUGCCUAUUCCAGGAGUACAAACAUAAUUACUGAUAUUAAUAGCUGCAUGCAAGGGCUGUGUAAAGCUAGGAGUAAAUGUUCCAAGAUAACAUAACAGUUUUGAUUAGCCAGCCAUAUUGAGUUGAAGUUUUUGCCAAGAUGUAAUAAA